AUGCCGGCAACUCUCCGCGAGCAGCGGCAGCGCUGCCGCUGCUCGCGGAGAGGUCCGCGAAGCCUGGGCGCGCUGAUCUCAGCGCGCGCAGGCUUCGGCAUGCCGGCAACUCUCCGCGAGCAGCGGCAGCGCUGCCGCUGCUCGCGGAGAGGUCCGCGAGGCCUGGGCGCGCUGAUCUCAGCGCGCGCAGGCUCGGCAUGCCGGCAACUCUCCGCGAGCAGCGUGCAGCGCUGCCGCUGCUCGCGGAGAGGUCCGCGGAGCCUGGGCGCGCUGAUCUCAGCGCGCCCAGGCUUCGGCAUGCCGGCAACUCUCCGCGAGCAGCGGCAGCGCUGCCGCUGCUCGCGGAGAGGUCCGCGGAGCCUGGGCGCGCUGAUCUCAGCGCGCGCAGGCUUCGGCAUGCCGGCAACUCUCCGCGAGCAGCGGCAGCGCUGCCGCUGCUCGCGGAGAGGUCCGCGGAGCCUGGGCGCGCUGAUCUCAGCGCGCGCAGGCUUCGGCAUGCCGGCAACUCUCCGCGAGCAGCGGCAGCGCUGCCGCUGCUCGCGGAGAGGUCCGCGAGCCUGGGCGCGCUGA